AUGAUGAUCAUAGCGGCGGCGGCGGCGACGGUGGCGGCGGUGGUGGUGGUGGUACGGCGGUGGUGCUAGACAAAAUCUCCCGACCACCUUCCUCCCACCAUCCUUCUGUUCAGAUGAUGUUAUUAAAAUGGGGGAGAGCACGAGGAAAACGGGGGUCGUGACAUGUUGACAAUAACGCGCUUGGUGCCGACAAAAAGGAAGCCGAUGGGUAUUGGGAGUUGAAAGAUUCCAUCUUACUUAUCCGUCUUCUUGUCUCAAGGGGGGCGGUCAACCCCACCCGAAGUGCCCGUCAGGAGGCGUCGCUAGAAUUGCCAUUAUAUUCAACCGAGCCCAUCGCCGCCCAAUGCUACUCCGGAGAAAUUUGUCUACCCUGAGUUAAGAGGGUAGAUGAGGACGUGUUGGGUCUGCAGUGUGAAAGAAGACCGGGAGUUGGAGGUUGUUGAACAAGGUGAACAUGGCCGGUAAAGAGGAAGAAACCAGAGGAUUUAUUGGGCAGCCAGAAUUACGUAUCCGCAGAAAACAAAGACCAUAAAGACGAGUUAUCCAAAAAGGGAGAGAGAGAGAGAGAGAGAGAGAGAGAGAGAGAGAAAGCUUGAUGAACUGGGAUUGUGAAGUCUUCGUCUUCUGUAACCAAGCGAGAAAAGACACGAUCAAUUUCAAAUGUCUUCCAUCUUAAGAAGUGGAAGAAUUUUAUGAAGCACUGCUGAUUUAAGAUUCAUUAAAUCCCUCGUCAGAACUAGUUUCGACUUUAUUUUUCUCACGGAUAAUGUAAUUAAGCCCCUAACUCAAGAUAUUAAACAAUUUUUUUUUGUUCAUUGCUGCACACAUCAUUCAAUUAUUGACAUAUUAUGUAUAGGAUGUUAUGUGUAGAUAGUAUUUAGUGGGUAUAUGUGCCCAGGUUUCAAUUUGGACCCAGGUUAGGUGGGUCGACGAAAUGCAAGGUAAUAAUAUGACUGCCUGACCAUCAAUAUCAGUCUGACCUUGAAGUUUGAAACAGCAGAAAAUGCCGAGAAGAUACUUUGUGCAAGUUUGCAUGGAAACUGUCUGUGGAAUCAUUGGAACGAAAAGAAGAAGACAAAGGCAUCCUCCCAAGUAUCGCUGUUGUAGUUGGACUCGAUAGGCAGCCGCGAUACUAUCCCAAUGGGAAAAUAAAAUUACAUGGCCAGUUUUCAAGAGUGUGACGGGAGAGAGCGAGAUAGAUGGAUAGAAAAGAGGGAGAAGGAGAGGGAGGGAGGGAGAGAGAGAGAGAGAGAGAGAGAGAGAGAGAGAGGGAGAGAGGGAGAGACUGA